AAAUCAAAUGUACAUAUUUCAUUUUUGACAUUUUUCUCCCAUAAUUCAGGUUUGAAAAUCAUAUACUUUUUCUGAUGUAAAUGCUGAUUUCCUCCACAUAUAGAUCUGUUACUUCUGAGACCAGCAGGGUGAUUGAUAAGAUCACGGUGUUCCUUUGUCUUAGUAUCGCCAUGGCCUAUGCGUUGUUUCUAGCAGGAGUUGAUAAGACCCAAUACAAGGUCGGGUGUACGGUCAUUGCAGCACUUUUACAGUGUUUGUUUCUCUUGAUUUUCUUCCUGAUGUUGGCUAUGGGAUGGUAUUAUUUUGCCAGUUUAUCAUUGUUAAAGAUCUCUUUCUCCAAAGCUUCAAAAUUGAAAAGUAGAGCCAAUCCCAUGAGCAAAAUCACCUGGGGAAUAGUAACACUCAUGCCUAUCUUUAUUACUGCCGUCACUUUCGGGUCCGUUUAUUCCUCCGGGAAAAGCUAUCACUCAGAAACAAGUUGCUGGUUGUCCUUUGAAAGCGGAGCAUUAUAUGGUUUUAUCGCACCUGUUGCUCUUAUCGUUUUGGUCAAUAUCGUAAUUGUUAUCAGUUUAUCUGUGACGUUAUGCUCAUCUACAAUCGUGUCCAAGGGUGCAAAGAAACGGGCGUCAGCGGGUAUAAAAUCAAUCAGUAUCCUGUUACCUGUGCUUGGAGUUACCUGGGUCUUUGGACUUUUGUCAAUCAAUGAUGACACUAUCGUUUUACAAUAUGUAUUCUCCAUUUUGAACUCCUUCCAGGGGCUUUUCAUUUUUACCGCCAAGUGUAUUCUCAACAAAAAGGUUAGAAAAGCUUUCAUGAAGACAAUAAGCAAUAAGGAGACUGAAAGUUCUAGGAGUAAACCUCACAAAUCGCACAGUAACACCACUCACGUCACUAAUGUGGAUAAAUCCAGGAUCCAGUUUAGAGGAGUAGAAGCUGAGCAUAAUACCAUAAACAAGGACCUGAUUAUGGGAAUCUCAUUCAAGCCAAUUGAAAGUUCAGCUAUUUGAAAGGAUUUGGUGCAUAAAGAGAACAUUCCGUGAAACGUAUACACAUCGGUGCCAUGGUAUACUCGUUUAAGUACUCAAUUUACUUCAGUGCAUUGUAUGCUGUCGAAUGAAAUGUAAUUUACUCAUUAAAUAAAACAAAAGGUAUUUUAUCAAAUUUGAAUGUCUGUAUUGAAGUACAUGUAAUCAUCAAAAAAUAAAUUUCAGUUUUGUAAAUGCACGAGGGUGGGAACCGCGACGCUUCAACAUGUCGCAUGGAAAUUAGAUCGGUGUGAAGCGUCGCAGUUCAUACCCUCAUAUUUUCAAAAUUCAGUUUUUAUAUCAA